GUGUAUGAGUGUGUGUCUAGGCUGACGUAAGUGGUCUAGUAUAUCCACUUAACGAUCCACUCUAUAAUAAAACCUAUCCCACAGCUUAGACCAGAGCUGUUCAUCCCUAACGUCUAGUGUGAGGCUAGAAGACGGCCAGAAGACCAUAUUAACAUAACACAAAAGAUGUUUCACAAAAUUCUAGUCUUGGUUUUCUUGAAUAUUUUCCUGACUGGCGGAGACGCUAACCUCUACUAUUAUUACUCGACUCCUCUGUUUUGCUACGGUACUUCUAUCUACACAUGGAGCUCUUACAUGCCGACAACCAACACCUAUGUGGCCUGUCCAGCUACAGCAUGCUAUGACUACUACGCCAGGAGCUCGUGUUGUAUGACUUACUUAUUAACUGCUGAUCAACUUCUAUACCAACAGUGCCGCUGCAGUGCUAGCAUAUCAUGUGGAUCUCAGCCUAAAGUAGACACCACAACCACAACACCCACCACCACCACAUCUACCACCACUACAACCACACCCACCACAACUACCACACCCACCACCACAACUACCACACCCACCACCACUACAACCACACCCACCACAACUACCACACCCACCACCACAACUACCACACCCACCACCACUACAACCACACCCACCACCACUACAACCACACCCACCACCACUACAACCACACCCACCACAACUACCACACCCACCACAACUACCACACCCACCACAACUACCACACCCACCACAACUACCACACCCACCACAACUACCACACCCACCACAACUACCACACCCACCACAACUACCACUACUCCUACAACAACGACGACUACAACGACACCAACAACAACAGUGCCACCAUCGUUGUGUCAAACUCCUUCAUUCCGUAUACUUAACGGUGUAGCCGUCAACAAUGAUUGUUCCUUUGCUGGAAUCUCCAACAUUACCAUUCCGGUGGCUGGUGCCAACACAAGACGUGUCUCCUGCAAUGCUGUACUGACCACAGCAACCGUUAAUGGAGUUUUGAAAAAAACAUUUUUGACUGCUGGUAUUUGUAAGAAUGUCAUCAUUUCUUCUCAAGCUUUAAAUCUAAGCGUUGAAAUCUCAAUCGGCAAUCAGAACUAUCCCGUCGUUGAACCUAUUUUCAACCUAACUGACGGACCAAAUGGCGUAGCCUACAUUACCAUUAAUGACCGCUACAUCAAUCUUCUAAGUAGUCUGGGAACAUGUCAGACUACAGCAUGUGCUUACAACGAUGUCACAAUGUCUGGGAAAGUGGACUUCAAUGAUUGUAAGAUUGUCAGCUGGGGAGCUUCGGAUGCCGCUACAUUAAGUACGAAAGGAUUGUUUGAGACAGCUUUAGCAUACUCCCCCCUAGGAUGUACAGCAAUACCAAAUCUUUUUGGCGCCAAUACAACAAUGUGUUUCAAAACUAAGAGUGGCAAAAAUCUCAUCUGUUCGGGUGACAGUGGAGCCCCAGUCUACUGCAAGGCUCCAAGUAAUGGCGAGUGGAUUUUAAUGGGUGUGGCUGCCCUUCAAACUGGAUGUAAUGCUACUCCUGAAGUCAAAGUCAUUCCAUAUCCUCGUUGAGAACAGCUUCUGUAAGAAUCGACUUGAGUUUUUCUUUGGUUCAGACAUAUUUGUCAUUUUGAUUAGGAUUAGGUAUCUUUAGGAUUAUCUUUUGACGCCAUGGAAUCAAAACACAAAUAAAAUGAGUUUCAUUUAAUAAGAA